UUCCAGUGUCAACACCAAGCCCCCUGUAGUACCUGUAGUCAACACCAAGCCCCCUGUAGUUCCUGUAGUCAACACCAAGCUCCCUGUAGUUCCUGUAGUCAACACCAUGCCCCCUGUAGUUCCAGUGUCAACACCAAGCCCCCUUUCCAGUGUCAACACCAAGCCCCCUGUAGUACCUGUAGUCAACACCAAGCCCCCUGUAGUACCUGUAGUCAAGACCAAGCCCCCUGUAGUUCCUGUAGUCAACACCAAGCCCCCUGUAGUUCCUGUAGUCAACACCAAGCCCCCUGUAGUUCCAGUGUCAACACCAAGCCCCCUUUCCAGUGUCAACACCAAGCCCCCUGUAGUACCUGUAGUCAACACCAAGCCCCAUGUAGUACCUGUAGUCAACACCAAGCCCCCUGUAGUACCUGUAGUCAACACCAAGCCCCCUGUAGUACCUGUAGUCAAGACCAAGCCCCCUGUAGUUCCUGUAGUCAACACCAAGCCCCCUGUAGUUCCUGUAGUCAACACCAAGCCCCCUGUAGUUCCAGUGUCAACACCAAGCCCCCUGUAG